AGGAGGUGGGCAUACAGUUACAAGAGGACCUCAUGAAAGUACUCAAUGAACUCUAUACGGUGAUGAAGACCUACCACAUGUACAACACCGACAGCAUCAACGCCGAGUCCAAGCUGAAGGAGGCGGAGAAGCAGGAGGAGAAGCAGAUGGGACGCUCCGGUCGCCAAGACGACAAACAGACACCGCGCUCCCCAGACACCCUGGCCAGCAUCAAGACGGAGGAGAAGCACGUCCGACGCUCCAGCGUGAAGAAGAUUGAAAAGAUGAAGGAGAAGAGGCAGGCUAAGUACACAGAGAACAGGCUGAAGGCCAUCAAGGCCAGAAACGAGUACCUGCUCGCUCUGGAAGCGACCAACAGCUGCGUCUUCAAGUACUACAUCCACGACCUGUCCGACAUCAUUAACUGCUGUGACCUGGGCUACCAUGCCAGCUUGCAUCGUGCCCUGAGGACCUACCUGUCUGCCGAGCUGAAUGUGGAGACAUCCAAACACACUGGUCUGGAAAGUCUGGAGGGAGCCGCAGAGAGUCUUGAGCCCAACGGGGACAAACAGAAACUGAUGGAGACCUAUAACAACGUCUUCUGUCCCCCGGCCCGCUUUGACUUCCAGUCCCACAUGGGAGACACGAUGGGUGUGAUGUGCGCUCAGCAGCCGUUGGAGAGCGAGCUGCUCCAGAGGUGUCAACAGCUGCAGUCCCGCCUUUCCACCCUCAAGAUAGAGAACGAAGAGGUGAAGAAGACCAUGGAGGCCACUCUGUCCACCAUCCAGGACAUGGUGACAGUGGAGGACUACGACGUGUCCGAGUGCUUCCACCACAGCAACAGCAUGGAGUCGGUCAAGUCCACGGUCAGCGAGUCCUUCCUGAGCAAGCCCAGCCUGGCCAAGCGCCGGGCCAACCAGCAGGAGACCGAGCAGUUUUACUUCACGAAGCUGAAGGAGUUCUUGGAGGGCAGGAACUUAAUCACCAAACUGGAGGCCAAGCAUGACCUCAUCGAGAAGACCCUGGGGGAGAGUCAGAAGACCGACUGUUGCCUUGCCAGUGGAAGGAGGAACUCUGCAGUUCGGAAGCAGGACUCAGGUCAGGGCAUUCCUCUGAUGGUGGAGAGCUGCAUCCGUUUCAUCAGUCGCCAUGGUCUUCAGCAUGAGGGUAUCUUCAGAGUGUCAGGCUCUCAGGUGGAAGUCAAUGAUAUCAAGAACGCCUUUGAAAGAGGGGAGGAUCCUUUGGCGGGGGACCAGAAUGACCAUGACAUGGACUCCAUUGCUGGGGUCUUGAAGCUCUACUUUAGAGGACUUGACCAGGCCCUUUUCCCUAAGGAAGUCUUUCACGACCUCAUAUCCUGUGUCUCGAUGGAGAGCCUUCAAGAGCGGGCGGUCCACAUCCGGAAGGUUCUUCAGUCUCUGCCCAGCAAAACCCUCAUCAUCAUGAGAUUCCUCUUCGCCUUCCUCAACCACCUGUCUCAGUACAGCGAGGACAACAUGAUGGACCCAUACAACCUGGCCAUCUGCUUUGGCCCCACGCUGAUGUCCGUCCCCGAGGGCAACGACCAGGUCUCCUGCCAGGCCCACGUCAACGAGCUCAUCAAGACCAUCAUCAUCCACCACGACGCCAUCUUCCCAGGGCCACAGGACCUGCAGGGCCCCGUCUACACCAUCCCAGGAGCCGGCGACGACUUCUGCGACAGUCCUCACUGUGAGCCCCCCCUGGUGGACGAAGCUGCUCCUGACACCAUCUCGGUCACCCGCAACAGUGAUGAUGGCUCCUUGGCUGUUUCAGAGUCUGACCCCAUCGAGGCCAUCGCCCGGUUCGACUACUCUGGCCGAACCAAUCGGGAGCUCUCGUUUAAGAAGGGCGCCUCUCUGCUCCUGUAUCAGAGAGCCUCAGAUGACUGGUGGGAGGGACGACACAACGGAGUGGAUGGACUGGUGCCGCACCAGUACAUUGUGGUCCAAGACGCGUCUGACGGGGGCCGUGGUAGUCCUAAACCUGAUGUGGAGUCCAGGGACUUGCUGGAGGAGAGAGUGUCCACUAGGGGCAGUGCUGCCUCGCCUACUGGAGCCCACGUAGCUGACAUCUACCUGGCCAACCUGAACAAGAUGAGGAAGCGCCCAGAGCCCGGCAGCAUCCGUAGAACGUUCCGUGGAUCAGAAAGUGAGAGUACCAGUCCAGGAGCCACCGGAGGAGGCGUGAGAACGACUUCUCUGCCUGUAGGGGGCGCCUUGGUGAAGGAGAGCACUGACAAACGGCCCGUCAGCGCUCACAGCAUCCUUAACUCAGUCACACGCCACUCUUCUCUGAAAACCAAGGUGGAGAGCCCGCAGCUACGUAAGACGAACACAGCUGGACGCUCCAAAAGUUUCAGCAACCACAGACCGCUGGAGCCCGAGGUCAUCGCCCAGGUGGACCACAGCUCACAGGACAUCGAGGCGGCGAUGAGCUCUGCCCUGAGCGAGCUGAGGGAGCUGGAGAGGCAGAGUACCUCCAAACACACGCACGCCCCCGACGUGGUCCUGGACACGCUGGAGCAACUGAAGGGGGUGUGCGGCGGCAGCGGAGGAGGUGGAGGAGGAGGAGGAGGAGCAUCGGAGCCCUCCAGCCCCCUCCACUCCCGUCUGCUGCGGGACAGCGAGGGGAGCUCGGCGCAUGCCCACCCGCUCCAGCGGAGCGCCUCGUCUGCCAGCGACAUGCCCUCCUCUUUCCGCCCGGCCAAGAGCCAGCCCCGGAGCCCGCUGCCCUCCACCACCUCCCCCUCCCUCUCCUCCUCCCUCUCUUCCUCGGUGCCCUCUUUCAGGGAGCCCCGCCCCCCGGCCACGCGGCCCAAGCCCGUGGUGUUCCCAAAGAGCGGCGGGGGUGGCAGUCCCGCCAUGGGCUCCCCGACCUCCACGGCGCCCCCCACGCCCCCUCCGCCGCCCCCGCCUCAGCCGAACAACAAGUCCUGCCCCGCCUAGGGCCUCCCGAGCGCCGCUCUGUCCCCAAAUCUGAACUCAUAUACACACACAAAACACAACAAUAACAAAAAAACAACUCUCAAGUAAUUCUGCCAUCCCGUUUGAUUGACACUGCUCUUCUGCCCCGCCCCCCCCCCCCCCCGUUGCUGAAAGCACUUCACUAAUUCCAAAUAGGACCACCUAACUCCCCCACCUGCAUGUAGCGGUCACUUCUCAGUGUCCAGGUGAAUCACUUGACUUCCUUUUCCCCCUCUGAGCUGUGAUGGGUCUUCGUUCUCUGCCCACCCUGGCGGUCCCCGAUCCCUUACAAAUCUUAACGUGGAGCCUCGGCGAGCGAACCUCCUCAACGGGACGCCUCUCUUCUGGCGGCCUGGACUCGGCGGAUGCCCACAUAAGGGAAACGGGACACAUCCAGACCUGCAGCCACUUGGAGCCUAAUACAUACACUAGUUUGUGAUGCUUGAGAGUGCGUUUGUGUUGGUGUGCGAGAGUGUUGCUUAUUUUUUACACACGGAUCUGAGUGAGGAACGAAGAGAACUAUUUAAAUAUGUAUAGUAGGUGGGACAAAUGUUGUUUUUGUUUUGUUUUGUUUCCCCCCCCCCCCUCCGAUGCAGGGCAGGAAUAGGGUGUUCGAUUCCUGAGGUCAGACUGUGAAACGCUAACCUUAAAUCUCUCGCCUCACAAACUCGACACACUGACUCGGUGAUUUCCAAACCAAAAAAAAAAGGCAGGAGAGACAGUUUGGACGUGUAUAAAAAAAAAAUGGAAAGAGGCGAAAGUGACGAGGGGCUCGCUCCGUUGAAGCCGGGGCGGGAAAAAAAAAAUCGAUCCACAGAUCUCGCGCCUCCUCGAACGUCCUCCGCCCAAACUCAGCACAGCAGGGGAGUCGUUCGGUAAUAUCGUCACUGGCACCGCGGCAGGAAGUCUGAACCUGUAGCAAUAAAGACAAAAAAAUACAACCUGUCAAGACGGAGGCGUCGCCUCGUGGGUCUCUCGCAGCUUUUGCUUCUUCGUAGGAGACCUUCGAAACCCAGCAUUUAUAUAUGUAAUGUUGGAACGUAACCCACACACACGGAUACCCCCCUCCUCCACCACCACCACCCACCCCCCUCCCCCCCUCCGGGAAGGUUGCGUGUGUGUGUGUGUGCUGGCGUUCGGUGGCAGCUAUACGCUUUUUCAGGUUCUCCUCGCAUGCCGGUGCCGCAGGGCGGCGGCCUCGGUUAUGGCGACGUCCUCGACACCGCAGGCCUGUCCACGCAGCUAUGAGACCCAGUCGCUAUACAUAGAACCAAGUUAUAACUCGCUCUUCUGUCUAUACGCUUAGAACUUAACAGGAAGAAAAAAAAUAUGUUUUUUAUCGAUUUAACGGUGUGUAUGUUCGUUUGAUAAUCACGGCGAUAACUGGAAGCACGGAGCCCAGGCUCCCUCCCCCUCUCCCCCCCCUCCCCCCUCGCCACGAGUGUUCAGAUAGAAGCACAACCGACCGCCUCAUGCGACGCAUUCUUAAACAUUAAGACUGCUUUUAUUAUCACUCUUCCAGGUGUUUAUUAAUGCUCAGCAUAUGUAACGAUAAUAUGUUGAACUGUCAGGGUGCGAGCACGGUUGUACGUAUGAGUGUAUAUGCAUGUAUGUUCUGUGCACAUUCACGUCCGGGUGUGAACCGCCUGCCCCCCGCCCACACAUCCACCCACAACCACCCCCACCCCCACCUGUAGUGACGUUAUCUUCGGGUAUACCUCUGCUCAUAAAGGGAACCAGCCAACAGCUGCUGGGACACACGGGAAGGAAAUAUACAGUCUUAUCAAAGCUGUGCAAUGGCGGCAGCCUUCAGUGUACGCACACCCGUGCACAUGUGACCGGAUGGAGGAAGAACAACAGGUGGUGCAAAAAAAUGUUUCCCCCCGCCCGCCUUCUGUCCACUCACGGCCGUACCAACACCAGUGACCGACCAGCUUCCUCCGCAAAGAGGAAUUCUCCUGAACUCCUCGAGGAACGAAACCCCCCGUGAACUCCCAAGAAACCCGCAGUGGAGAACUGAGUUGGCGGGGAGAAUUUUUUUGCUUUGGCUUUCCUCUUGCCUGCCACAUCGCUUCUCCUCAAGACCCGGUUAAAACGAGACGGGGAAACGGCCUCUUACACUUGAAUGGAUUGAGGUCGGGGAGAUCACUCUCGCCAGCGCCGACACCGCUUCAGAAUUGCACCUUGUCGGUUUAAGAAAUUGGAAAAACUCCCGUCUUUUCUUUUUUUUAGGUAGCCAAUUACUGCUUUGCCAAAGUCCAUCUACAGUCUGUCCAACUCGGGCUUUUAGAUCUCUUGCCCACCAACGCUCAUUUUCUCCUGCUCCUUUCUGCCCCCUGGUUCAUUUCCCCUUCCGCAUGCCCCUUCCUCUCCCCCGGGUAAACCUAAAUGAAUUCAUUCCUAUAUGCUCCCUACCUGGUCAUGGGUCACAAUUGUAAAGGUUAUUUUUUAUUCUGUAUACUGUAUGUGUAUUACCUGAUAUAUCUGUGUUGCUGUUACCUCAUCAUGACAACUGGAGGGAUUGUGCUUGUGAUUGCAGUGAGUGAAGUGCAAAGACAUUGACUCUUCUUAUGUGUGUGUACACACACACAUACACACACACACACACACACACACACACCCGGGUGGUUGGUGUGUUUUGUCUCAGCUGUGCUGUGAAGGGGGUGGGACCAUCUUGUUCCACGCCGCCCCCUCGGUUUUUGAUCCCCAAUCAAUCAUUGUGCACUUGAAUGGCUUGGCGUGUGUGUGGACUGACCGAGUGGCGUUGAUUUGUUUUGUCCUAAUGGAAUAUUGUUAAAUAUGCAUUUUUGUGUCCAUCGAAAAACUAGAAAAAAAAAACAAAAAAAAAAAAAAACAA